AUGAAGUUUAACAUUGCGAAUCCCACCACUGGGUGCCAGAAGAAGCUCGAGAUCGACGAUGACGCUAAACUCCGUGCAUUCUGGGACAAGAGGAUCUCUCAAGAAGUCAAUGGUGAUGCCCUGGGCGAGGAGUUCAAGGGCUAUGUAUUUAAAAUUAUGGGAGGCUGUGACAAGCAAGGCUUUCCUAUGAAGCAAGGAGUGUUAACCCCAGGCCGUGUUCGCCUUUUGCUCCAUAGAGGUACCCCGUGCUUCCGUGGAUAUGGAAGGAGGAAUGGAGAGCGAAGAAGGAAGUCUGUUCGUGGAUGUAUUGUCAGUCCAGACCUGUCUGUAUUGAACUUGGUUAUUGUUAAGAAAGGUGACAAUGACCUUCCUGGACUUACUGAUGUUGAAAAGCCAAGAAUGAGAGGUCCAAAAAGGGCAUCAAAGAUCCGGAAACUAUUUAACCUCACCAAGGAUGAUGAUGUGAGGAAGUAUGUCAACACCUACCGCAGAACAUUUACAAGCAAAACUGGCAAAAAGUGCAGCAAAGCUCCCAAAAUUCAGAGACUGGUUACUCCAUUGACUUUACAGAGGAAGCGAGCAAGGAUCGCAGAGAAGAAGAAGAGAGUUGCAAAGGCGAAGUCUGAGGCAGCAGAGUAUCAAAAGCUCCUUGCUUCCCGGUUGAAGGAGCAGCGUGAUCGACGCAGUGAGAGUUUAGCCAAGAGGAGAUCGAGACUUUCUGGUGCGUCUAAGCCAUCUGCUGCUUAG